AGUGCCCCUGGCGCUGGCCGUCCAUAUGGAUUUUGGAACAGUUUUGGAAAUCCUGGAGAGAUUUGUACACGGGGCAAGGAAACCCUGUCUCAGAAAACUUGCGUCACCCCGUGUGUUUCAGAGCAGUGCUUCGAAUGCGGCGAGGCCUGUUUAACCUAAGGCCUUUUUAGUAAAUCCAUCUUUUAGUAGUAGUCCAUCUGUGAGCUGUUUUCAGGUACUUGUUACACAAAGGGGCAGCACAGAUGGGGGAACAAAAGAUGGAUUGUGGUGAGUUCUAAUUAACCAAGUCUCCCGACGCGACGA